AAGGUCAAAGAUUUAUGGCUUUGGUUUGGAGGAAGAAAUUCAAAACAAGAACACAAGAGGAAGUCUUUCAGGGAACAAGAAGACUUGAGACAUCUGCUAUGGGUUAGGAAAAAGAUUAUUUCACCUGUCUCAGCCACAACAUGGCAGGAAGUCCAGUGAUAGUGUGCACAGACAAACUGUUCAAAGUUUUAUUCAUUGGAGAUUUAGGCGUUGGGAAAAGCAGCAUUAUAAUGCGGUAUGUUAAUAAAUGCUUUGAUGAAACUUACAAAGCAUCUAUUGGAGUUGACUUCGCUCUGAAAACACUGGAGUGGGAUGCCCAAACAAUAGUGAGGCUGCAGCUUUGGGAUAUUGCAGGCCAAGAGAGGUUUAAGAAGAUGUCCAGAGUGUACUACAAAGAGGCGAUGGGAGCAGUGGUGGUCUUUGAUAUAACAAACAGCUCCACCUUGGGGGCUGCCUCAGAGUGGAAGCAGGACCUGGAUAGCAAAGUCUGUCUUGACAGUGGACGUCCGAUCCCUGCUGUGCUGCUGGCGAACAAAUGUGACCUGACAGGCAGGGACGAAGACUUGGUGUCCUCUCUGAACAGCUUCUGUAAAGACAACAGAUUCCUGGGCUGGUUUGAGACUUCUGCAAAGGACAAUGUAAAUAUUGAUGAGGCAGGUGCCUUCCUUGUCAAACAAAUGAUGCUGUGCGACACCGGGCUGUCCAAUGAAGAGCACCACUGGGACAGGAUCAAAGUGAGCCAGGCUCCCGAGGAGAGCCAGAGCCAGUCAUUGUGCUGCUGGAGACCGAGGCUCUGAGGCAAAGAGCCAAACGAAAGCUGUGACUGGUUAAACGUUCUAAGUAAGACCUGGUUUUGAUACCAAGUCAUGCAUCCACAGCCACCACACAGAAGCUAUUUCCAACAACCCGCGAGUGUCUGUGUUGUAGUUAGUAACUUUAUAUUCAUGUUUCUGCUUUGCCAGUUUCCUCAAUAUUGUGUGGAUUGCGUGGGCUGCCUCAUAAACACCUCUGUGGAGACGACUGAGCUCAUUUCUCUGAUAAUCCACUGAUACAGUCAGGCUAAUAAACAGAUCAGCAUGACACACGUCCUGCUGGGAAAAGUCUGUGACACUCCCCGUGCAAACCAAGACGUGCUGGUGAUUGACCUACUAUAAUGAGAGGGCCAGAAACUGUGAAACAGUCACAACACAAACUCAAACCACAGAAACAGCAAGCGAGAGAAAAGGUGUGAAGUCUCAAACAAUUUUUUUACAUGUGAAGCUGUCAGAUAUUCCUCAUUAAAUGACAACCUAUUCAA